CCCUAUCGCUCCGGGCCGCGCCGCCCCGCGCCGCCCCCGCCGUGAUGCGGCCCCGGCUCCGCCUCCCCCGCUCCGCCGGCGCUGGGAGCUCCCUUCGCCUCUUUGCCCUUAUUUAAUUUCGAGUGUGAUUUUGCUAUUUUUAGCAGCUGGAUCCCCUCCAAUCCGCAGUCGCCGCGGGCGGGGGGUCCCUUCGCUCCGCAACACAGACCCGCCGGGAAAAACAAAACCACCGAGCCGCCCCCCAGAACCCACCGCGGACGCCCGGCUCGGGGAUCAAGCUGCCUACGAUGAGUGAAUCCAGCGCCAAAUCCAGCCAGCCCCUGGCCUCCAAAGGGGAGAAAGACGUGUCGGAGAAGAGGGGCCGAGGGCGGCCCAGGAAGAAGCCGCAGCAGGAGCCCAGCGAGGCCCCGACCCCCAAGAGACCCCGUGGACGGCCGAAGGGCAGUAAAAACAAGGCCACCCCAAAGGGCAGGAAAGCUGCAGUCACACCAGGGAGGAAACCUCGAGGGCGACCCAAAAAAUCGCAGCAGGACGAGGAGGAGGUGAACAUUUCCCAGGAGUCAUCCGAGGAGGAGCAGUGACACCUCCCGAACCGGCGCUACCUCAUCGCCCCGCAGCGGCCGGGGGGGAGAGGGGCGGGGAGAGACCCACCGUGCCGCCCUGGCUCCCUCCUCCUCCUCCUCCUCCCUCCUCCGCUCCCUCCUCACCCUCAGACAACGGCAGCACUGGAAAAUGGCCCAACCCGGGCGGCCCCCGCAGCCCCCGCCCGGGGGGGGCACCUGCCCCAGCUCCCCCUCCCCAGCCCUGGGGGAGCCCCACUGGAAAGGGGGAUCACGGCAGAGAGCCGGGGCUGGCACCCCCCAGCUUGGCUGCCCCCCGCGCAGUGACCUCACCCCGCCAAAGUGGGUGCUGGCUGCCCCCCCAGCACUGGGCUCUGCCCUGGGGCCUCUGCAGGGAAGAGACGGGGGGGACAGUGAAGGUGAGACCCCCCCAAAAUGCAUCAGACCUUUGCUCUGACCCUGGGCAACCCCUGUGUCCCCCCAGUCCUGGGUGACUGCACUGUGUGCGGGAGCAGCUCCCACGGCGCUGCCGGGGCCCGGCGCCCACCCCGGGGUGCCCACCCCCAGGGGUGCCCGUCCCCAGGGGUGCCCGGGCACGGCUGGCUCCAGCAGCCCUCUCCCCAUAGGUUCUGGUAUAUAUAUUUUUUUUUUUUCGUUUAGUACUUUUUUUUUUUUCCUUUCAUUCACAACUACCUCUGGAUAUUUAAGUUCCACGCUCUGAACUCACAGACGUGCUGCUGCGCUGCCGGGGCACCGUGGGCUCGCUGGUUCCUGUUUUCGGGGUGUUGCUGGGGGCUGUGGGGUAUUUUUUUUUUUCCCCCCCCUUUUUUUUUUUUGGGCUUCAUUUUUCUUUUUUUUUUUAAUUGUUAUUUUGAGGUCUAGUUUGCUCUGCUGCUUCAAGGGAUCGAGGCUGGCAGGGCAGAGGUGUGGGGGGACCAGGGAUGCUCCCCCUGCCCCUCUGCCCCGGCACGACGGCUGCAGCGGGACCGGAGGUCGGUGCCGGGCGGCCCCGGCGGGAGAGAAUCGGGGUUUGGUUUGGGUUUUUUUUUUUGGUUCACUGUUAACGACCUUUUGGGUUCCUAUUUGCAGUUACUUGAAUAAAACAUUUUAUGGA